AUGAGAUCCUAUGUUUGGCCCGCCCUUGCGGUGCUGGCCGCCGUCCUCGUCAAUGCAUCGACCCUGACCCCUCCCGUCUUACCGCUGAUCGUUCGAAACCCAUAUCUGAGCAUUUGGCUUGCGCAUGCUCGCGAUAUGCCUUGGGACAGCUGGCCCAUGUUCUGGACUGGCAGCACCGUUGGCUUUGCAGUCAUGGCAUCCGUGCCAGAAACCCAUACUGUCUACCCCCUGCUCGGUCGAUCCCACGAUUCGCUGAAGAAGGGUGACGAUAGAUACAAGGUGGCCUUCCCACAAUAUCAUGGCGCCACGUUCGAUGCCUCCACCACCAAUCUCUCGUAUACCAUCGACGGCACCGACUUGAAGAUCACUCUUUCUUUUCUGUCGCCCAUCACACCUACGUCCACCUUCAGACAGUCUUUACCCGCAGCCUAUCUGACGUGUCAUGUCGAGGGCUCGAUCGACGUCGGCCUUUAUAUUGAUGUGAAUGGCGAAUGGGCGAGCGGUAAUCGAGACAGCCAGAUCCAGUGGCAGCUUGAACAAGCCGAGGCGAGCGAGGCCUCCGCGCCCCGGCUCAAGACAUGGAGCAUUGCCCGGCGGGAAGAGCAGCUGUUGACUGAAUUUGAGGACCAUGCCGAAUGGGGCAAUGUUCAUUUUUCUGCGCCGCACGACGUCGAGCAUCAAUCUGGAGAGGCACAACGUAUCCGUCGCUUAUUCGCCGAGUCUGGCUCGCUCGACAAUCAAGUCGAUGAUUACUACCGUGGCAUUUUCGAGGAAGAGCCUGUUUUCGCCUUUUCCAAGACAUUCAAGCUGGGCGACAACUCGGGCGCGACAGCAAGCGUUUCCAAAGAUAGCAUGGUUCUUACUUUCGCCCUCACCCAGGAUCCCGUGGUCCAGUUUGCUUCGGCUAGGGGGUUGACCAUGAUGCGGCCCCUUUGGUCUUCGUUCUUCUUCAGUGCACAAGAGAUGUUGCAGUACCAUUACGAUGAUUACAAGACAGCGACCUCCCUGGCCCAAGACUACUCGGAUCAGCUUGGGAAGGAUGCCUACGCCUCAGGCUCGCAAGAUUAUCAAGACAUCGCUGCCCUGUCUGCUCGCCAAGUUCUCGGAGCCACGCAGUUCUCUGGCACCCCCGAGAACCCUAUUCUGUUCCUAAAGGAGAUAUCGUCGAAUGGCAACUUCCAGACAGUUGAUGUCAUCUUUCCAGCCUUUCCCUUCUUUCUAUACACCAACCCGCAGUGGCUGGUCCAUCUUCUGGAGCCUCUCCUCGAACACCAGCUUAGCGGUCAGUACCCGAACGAUUACAGCAUGCACGACCUUGGAACCCAUUUCCCCAACGCGACGGGACACAAUGAUGGCAAGGACGAAUACAUGCCAGUUGAGGAGUGUGGGGACAUGUUGAUCAUGGGCCUUGCACUGGUCAACGCCUUGAAGGACAAUACGCAACCUGCCUUUGCUCGCACUGCACCUCCGGAGACGUUAGCCCUUGAGUUGGCAGUCGCGGGGAGAUGGCAAUCUGUAGAUGCCUAUGGUAUGGACCGCACUUGGGAAGACCUGGGCACAACGGGCGAGAAGGCUGCGGUGAAGUGGGUGAGCCGCUCGUACAAGCUGUGGAAGAAGUGGACUGGCUAUCUCGUUCGAGAGUCACUGAUCCCCGCCAACCAGUUGUCUACCGAUGAUUUUGCUGGCUGGCUAGCAAACCAAACCAACCUGGCGCUCAAAGGCAUCAUUGGGAUCAAGGCCAUGAGUGGGAUUGCCGAAUUGGCAGGCGAGGAAACCGAGUCCGAGUGGUAUAGCAAUAUUGCAGAUGAAUACAUCGAGAAGUGGCAAGGCUUCGGGCUUUCUAGGGACAGGACGCAUGCCAAACUUGCAUAUACUUGGUACGGAUCUUGGACGACCAUCUACAAUCUUUUCGCCGACGCGCUACUCUGCUUCCACAUGCCGGCCCAGAACACAUCGUCACUGAGUGCAAGCAGGAUUGGGAGCUCGGGGCAGACACCGAUAGGCAUCCAAGCCAAGGAUACUCGGAAGCCUAAGAGCUUCAUCCCGGACGAUAUAUACCAGAUUCACAGCGACUGGUAUCACGCCGUCAUGCAAAGGUACGGCUUGCCAUUGGACAGUCGUCAUUUGUACACAAAGAGCGACUGGGAGUUUUUUGCGGCCGCCGUAGCCAGCAAGAAGGUGCGAACGGAAAUACUGCAGCAUGUGGCAGCGUGGGUCAACGAAACGGUCACCGAUCGACCCCUGACGGACCUGUACGAGACGGAGGGCCAAGGAGAAUUCCCCAGUGGACUUGCCUUCACGGCCCGUCCGGUUGUGGGAGGUCACUUUGCCUUCUUAGCCCUCGAGAGAGCAUGCGGGGGCAAAGCGGCAGAGGGACUGAAGUUCCUAGAGCUUUCCGAGCCCGCGGUGAUCGACGUCGAGCAGGCGUUGACGGCGGACAUGGUAGAUAAUCAGGCCGAGGUCGCAGGGGAGCUGUGA